AUUUGGUAAAGAUGAUUUGUUUUUAGUCCAAGUGUAGACUUGAAGCUUUUUUGCAGUCGUCCACUUUUUUUCACUUUGCCGUCUAAUGCACCUUCAAUAGCGGUUUCCUUUCCUUCCUCUUCAGCCUUUCGGAUUUUCAGAUUCCUUAAUGCGCUUCAGAUUCAACUCAGCGUAGACUUCAAGUCCAGUCAAGCUUGCUGGGGACAUAACACAUGUAUAUUUUGCUCCUCCGUCUCGAUUCUGACCAGUUUUUCCUCCCCAAUAGGCAAAAAGGAUUCAUUCUUGUACUAAUGACUUCUCUGGUCCACCAAAUCUGGAGUUGCCAAGUUAGAAUCUAAAUGGUUGGAUGCUUCUAGGUUUUUGAGUAGAAAUGAAGAAGUGGUAUGGUGGUGUUUUAACUACCUCCUUUUUAAUGUUUAUGCUUAUUGGGUAUUAUGUAAUCAGAAACCCCUUCAAGGAAAACUACUUCACUAAUACCCAGUAUGUCAAUAUGACAAAUCCUCUAGAGUGGAUAAAUGCUAUGGCUCCCCCUGCUGCUAACAGUGUGAAAAGUGUUUCUCAAGUGAUAUCUGCCAAAGUAUUAGUCUCUGAUCUUUUUUACCAGAGAAACUUUUCAACUGCUGAGAAACAAUCUUUGCUUACAUGGAACCAAUUGAAAUACUUAAUUAGUCAAGGUCAAGUCCUACCUAAUGCUCUAGAUGCUGUUAAGGAAGCUGUUGCUGCAUGGAACAGCCUUAUGAGUUCAGUGGAAAUGGAAAAACUUCAUGCAAAUGAUAGUUCAUCUAAGAGGGGGAAAGAAAAACAGUGUCCUCAUUUUCUUCGCAAAACAAAUGUCACAGAAAUGGGUGGUGAUGAGUUUAAGUUACGGCUUCCUUGUGGACUUACUCAGGGGUCAUCAAUCACAUUUAUCGGCAUACCAAAGGGUCUUCUUGGUAAUUUUCGGAUUGAUUUAACUGGUGAACCACUUCCUGGGGAACCCAAUCCUCCUAUAAUUUUGCAUUACAAUGUUAGGAUGCAUGGGGAUAAAGUAACAGAGGAUCCUGUAAUUGUUCAAAACACCUGGACCAUUGCACAUGAUUGGGGUGAGGAGGAACGUUGUCCAUCUACUGCUCCUGAAAAGAAUAAGAAGGUGGAUGACUUGGAUCAAUGCAAUGAGGUGGUGGGUAAAAUCAUGACAGACAGACAUAUCAAUAUAUCAACAAAAUCUUCAAUGGUUCAGGAUGGAUCUAAACAGAGAAAGUAUUUUCCUUUCAAGCAAGGGCAACUCUCUGUUGUGACAUUGAGAGUCGGAUCUGAAGGAAUACAAAUGACAGUUGACGGUAGACACAUAACAUCAUUUUCAUUUCGCGAAACUUUAGAGCCAUGGCUUGUAAGUGAAGAGAGGAUUUCAGGAGAUAUUGAAUUAAUAUCAGUUGUUGCGAGUGGAUUACCCACUUCGGAAGAUAUAGAGCAUAUGAUUGACUUAGAAGCCCUGAAGGCGGUCCCACUUUCUCCACAUAAACACAUAGAUCUCUUUAUUGGUGUGUUUUCUACUGCAAACAAUUUUAAGCGGAGGAUGUCAGUUCGGAGAACGUGGAUGCAGUAUGAUGCAGUACGGUCUGGACAAGUUGCAGUUCGUUUUUUUGUUGGGAUGCAUAAAAACCAGAUGGUGAAUGAGGAACUCUGGAAUGAGGCUAGGACAUAUGGAGACAUUCAGUUGGUGCCAUUUGUUGACUACUACAGCCUAAUCACAUGGAAGACGGUUGCCAUAUGCACCUUUGGGACGGAGAUCGUUCAAGCAAAAUUUGUCAUGAAGACAGAUGAUGAUGCUUUUGUUCGUGUAGAUGAAGUGUUGGCUUCUCUACAAAGGAUUGGUGUGACUCAUGGAUUGCUUUAUGGCCUAAUUAAUUCAGACUCCCAUCCUCAUCGAGAUCAUGAUAGCAAGUGGUACAUUAGUGCUGAGGAAUGGCCUGAUGAUGCUUAUCCUCCUUGGGCACAUGGACCUGGCUAUGUUGUGUCAAGUGAUAUAGCAAAAUCCGUCAGCAUGAUGCACAAGAAAGGGCUUCUAAAGAUGUUUAAGCUUGAAGAUGUUGCUAUGGGGAUCUGGAUAGCCGAACUGAAGAAGAAAGGUCUGGAAGUUAGGUAUGAGAAUGAAGAGAGAAUUUUUAACGAAGGCUGCAAAGACGGUUUUGUUAUUGCGCACUAUCAAGAUCCUAGAGAGAUGCUGUGUUUAUGGCAGAAGCUACAAGAGAAAAAGCGUGCUUUAUGUUGUGGCGACUAGCUGACUAACCCCCAUCACACUCUUAAGGUUUUUGCAGUGUAAAAGGAAACAACACCCACCCUGAAAUUUUGAAGGUAACAAGCUUAACAGGUAUUUGAAUGCUUCUUGAAUUAUGACAGUUUAGUUAUAUCACACAUAUAUUUGGCGAAGCAAGGGGGUCAUGGUAGUUCACAUGCAUCCGUAUCUACGAUGAUCUACCGUCUACGUGAUUGUGACAUACCGGAGCUUCGAUAGUAACUCCCACGUUUACAAGGAAUGUCCAGAUUGAGUUAAACCAAUCUUUUUCAUCUUCUUAAUCAAUCUGAACUGUUGUUGUAACCUUACAGUGGAUGAGAACUGCAUUAAAAUGUAUGUAUAGGAGAUUUUGAGUAGAGAAGAGUUCACUGUGCCUGACUUGUGUAUAUAUCGGCCUAUGCAUACAUAUGCCCUCCUUAUUCCUAGUGUCUAUAACUCACUUCAUACCCACCUUUUCAUACUUAGAGGUUGAAUUAUUAUGCGAGUUUAAUUAAUAAAAACUUCACUCCUUUUCUUA